AUGGAACCCAUGGAGGUAAAGAAAGAAGAUGAUGCCAAGAUAAGCAAAUAUCUCAGAAAACCACUUCUCUUGGUAAACUGUCUCAUGUUAAGCAUCGGAAACUGCAGUGGUCCACUGUUGAUGCGGCUUUACUUCGUCCGCGGUGGCAAACGAAUUUGGUUCUCAAGCUGGUUGCUGACUGGUGGGUGGCCCUUCAUUUUACUCCCUCUCGCGGCGUCCUAUUUCCACCGCCGCCGUAGUGGUUCAUCUGAUGACACAAAACUCUUCUUCAUGAAGCCCUUCGUCUUCAUCGCCUGCACCGUUAUCGGAAUCCUCACCGGCUUGGAUGAUUACCUCUAUGCUUAUGGAGUAGCACGUUUACCUGUCUCCACUUCUUCCCUUAUAAUUGCAUCUCAGUUAGGUUUCACUGCUUUCUUUGCUUUUUUUCUAGUUAGGCAGAAGUUCACAUCUUACUCUAUCAAUUCGGUUUUUUUGUUGACGGUGGCGGCGGUGGUGCUCGGCCUUCAUACUAGUGGUGACCGCCCGGCUAAUGAGUCUAAGACGGAGUAUUUUAUGGGUUUCUUCAUGACGAUUGCGGCGUCUGCGUUGUAUGGGUUGGUUUUACCCAUGGUGGAGCUCACUUACAAGAAAGCCAAACAGGCCAUCACUUACUCUCUUGUCAUGGAGAUGCAGAUUGUCAUUUCCAUCUUUGCCACUCUUUUCUGCACCAUAGGGAUGCUUGUCAACAAAGACUUUGAGGUCAUUCCAAGAGAAGCAAGAGAGUAUGAACUUGGGGAAAGCAAGUACUACUUGGUGGUGGCAUGUAGUGCAUUUAUUUGGCAGUUCUUCUUCUUGGGAUCAAUCGGUGUCAUCUUUAAUGGUUCUUCAUUACUUGCAGCUGUUAUAAUUACAACUCUACUACCAGUUACAGAGAUCUUGGCUGUUUUCUUCUUUCAAGAGUCAUUCAAAGUAGAGAAGGGGAUUUCUGUCGCUUUGUCAUUAUGGGGUUUUGCCUCCUAUUUCUACGGUGAGUUCAAAGCAAGCAAGAAAAGCAAUCAAAUUCUAAAACCAGGAAAUCCACAACACCAUCCUCCAUCAUCACAUGUCUAAGAAAAGCUGAUAUUUGUGCAUGUAAGUGGCUCAGCUAGUGUUCAAUGGGCAA